GUUAACUUUUUUUUUUUGACCCCUCGUCUUCAUUUUUUUUUUUCUUCAUUUUUCUUUCCAUUUUUGUUCCCUCCAUGACGUUAUGAUGGAUUACUUUAAUUACUUUACCAAGUUGACGAAAAAGAUAGCUCCUCCAAAGGUGCAACCAACAAGAACUAUGCAACUGGAUAAAUUCAGGAAAUGUUGGGACUACGUACACAAUAUUCUUCGUAUGGAAGAUCGCAAAUCCAAACUUCAUGUUGAACAAACUGAUAUCCCUGCUCAACUACGACAAAUGGUGGAUAUGCUUGUGGAUGAAGAAGCACGACAAGAACAAAACACGACAGAGGUAUGCAUGGAAUACUUUUUGAAAACUGGGGUACUACAAUACUUGGUGAAUAUGUCUGAAAAAAUGGAUUAUCCUGAAGGUAUUCGUGGAGAGGCGAUCAGGACUAUAGCAAGCAUGGUGGACCUGUUAGAUGAACGAUUCUUGGUACACAACGCAGUUCAUAGACCAACCAUCAAGUUAUUACGAUUCUGUGUAUUAGAAGAAGGUCAAAGCGACAUUUAUCAUGAGGACUUGGUGGAUCUCAUGUAUAUCAUUUGUUCGAAAAUACACGGUCUUCCUGCACUUCUCAACAUUUUUUUUCACGAUAAACGAUGGCUUACCACACCUCAAAAAACAUUGCAACAACCAGAAACGGACACUACAACACAUAGUGCGGACAAAAAACCUGAAUACGAGUUUUUAUUAUUUAGUUAUCUUUUACGUUUUGUUCAUCUGGAAGGACGAUCGGGUGACUUUGCUAGGACUGGAUUAUUAUUCUUGAUAGAAAUGGCGACGGGACAGCUAGGCGAAUUUAUCUUGGUAUCUGAUUUUGCAAACACUGUGGCAGCAGGAUUAGGUGCUUUAUAUUCACAACUACCUAGAAAAUUGGUGAUCAAGGAUGAUGCAGGACUCUCUCCAAAUGUAGCCACUUAUCUAUUGGGUCAAGACUUGGAUCCUCGUGCCAUGCCCUCUGGUCCUGGGGUUGUCUUUUCGAAUUCGGCCGACUUCAAGCUUCAGCUGGACUCUUUCUUGAAACUGAUUGAAUUUUGUCAAGAUGUACUCAUGCGAUGCCCCAAUACCGAUAUCUCUCAAGUAUUAUUACAAAGUAUUCGUACCAACUUUUUGAAAAACAUUCUUGAUCCUUCUAUUUGGGAAUGUUCAGAUAUUGAUGGUUCCUCCGUGGCAGUGAUUACCUAUAUUGAUUUGAUUCUCCAAACUCUCCAACAAGAAGAAUUGGCUGAUGUUGUGGUCAAGUUUUUAAUGGAUGAAGAAAAUACACAAGAUUCAACGGUAACGACAAAGGAUGACGAUACCAAUGUGUUUGCUGGAGUGGAAUCUGAUCAAUUCAAGAGUUCACCUUAUUUUACGGCAAGUGGACGAUUCACUCUCAAAGAUCUCAUUAUCACUCGACUUAAAGCAAGUUCUCAACCUACAGUGAUUGCCACUCUCAAAUUAUUACGAACUUUGAUUACCAAACAUUGUCGAUAUUCUCUACGGCUUUUUUCCAUCUAUCCUGAUAAUUACUCGAUGCCAUCAUUGGACGACACAACCAUUACACCACCUUCCUCUUCCGCGACCAUUGUCUCACAUCAUAUCCGGGAAAUUGAAUUAUAUUUGUCACUCAUCACGGCCAUUGAUCAAGAACACUCUCAUGACAUUCUUUCCGUUGGCUACGAAGGAUACUUGAAUGACAUUGAAUAUCACAUGGAAGCUGAUUGGUGUUAUCAAAAUAUGAUAUGUAUGGAUAGUUGUAUCAAAACUGAACCUCAACAAACCACUACAAAGGCUGAAAGACGACGUAGUUCCAAAUAUGGAAAACGACCUGAUCAAAAGGAACAACAACAACAACAACAACAACUACGCCAGCAUUCUUCUUUAUGUACCAAAUCACAUAUGUUUCGGCAUCGUAUCCGUCCUACCGAUGAUCUACUACAAAUUCUACUUGGUCUUCUCAGUCAUUUUUUUGCACAAUCUUCGGCAUUGAAUCUGGCAUUGACGGGUGUGAUCUCAGCAUUGGCUCAAUGUCCUUAUCGAAGUUUGGAAGGUUGGAUCUCUUUUCAAGAAAGUGACCGAGCAACUCCUGAUGAUAUCUUAAUUUUGGAUGCAAGCAAUCUCACCAAUGGAACUGCAACAACAACAACGACAACAACAACAGCAACAACAUCUGCCUCCUCAUUAUUAUCAACAUCUGAUCAAUUGAAUAACAAAAAUCAUAUUCGAGGUGAUGAUAUCUACGCUCAUUUUGAAUACAGCCAAGUGGACGAGAAUGACGAAGAUGAUGAUCGAUCAGUAGAUUUUGGAGUGGAACGCAACUUAUCACAUACAGCACCAACAACGCAAUUCAAAUCCUUCCCACCCUUUUUUACGCUCUUCCGUACUUUGACGCAACAAGUGGAUUAUUAUCGAUCAGAAGUGGAUUCUUAUCGACUUGAAGUGGGUAGCUUUGAUGAUAUUUUGACAGAGCGAUGGCAAACUUUGAUGUAUGGAGAACUGAUUGAUCCAACAACGACAACCAUGUCUAAUACGACCGCAACAAAUGGAACAAGUGGUAUAUCAUCACCAGCUAGUCGUCGAGGUUCUACUGUUCGUCAAGAUAUGACUUCCUCAUCACUUUUAUUUUCAACAACUCCUACAUCAUCUAUACCGACAACAACAACAAUGUCAACAAAUGCAAUGAUGAAUGGGAACAACGAUGGAUUCUAUAGAUCAUCACGAUCACCAUCCACUCCAGCAUCCACUCUCUUUCAUCAACAACAAAGACGAAGGCCAUCCAUUUCAGCAGCAGCAGCAGCAGCAGCAGCAGCAGGACGUCAACAACCAUCUCAACAACAACGGCUUUUACCACCACCCAAUCCAUCAAAAUCAUUAUCUUCUUCUACGACAGCGGCAGCCAUGGCAGCAGCAACACGAGUGACACCAACACCAUUAUCAUCACCACCAACACCUAUUCUCCAUCCUUCGCAAACAUCCUCUAUAAUGAGCAACAGUGAAGACACAAUGACAACAGCAACAUCAUCCAUAACGACAACAGUGUCAUCAUCAUCAAUAGCCACAACAACAGCAACCGAUUUACCUGCCGCAUUGGUCAACCAUGAACACUCACGGAUGGGCAUGCAUAUUCGCAAAACACUCCAUUUCCGAUUGGAUCCAUUAUUUCCGUCCAACUUUGUACUUGAUCCUGAAGCCCCCAUUCUGUAUUUGGACGAAGAAGACGAAGGAGCAUUUGUACCCAAGGACGACUCUGCCCAUCCUUCCGAACAAGGUCGACGCCGCCGCCGAUUUGAUCCCUCCUCCAAGAUUUCUUUAUCCAUGCUUCUCAACAAUAUCGUCAUUUUGGAAGAAACUAUCAAGGAAUUGGUCGCUAUCAUGCAAGUACGCCGUGCCAUUGGUAUUGAUCGUGUCUCUUAUUUAUAAAUUUGGUAUCUUAGAUAGUUCCUCUUCCUAUUAUUAUUAUUAUUUGUGUGAUAUACCUUUUUCUUAUAUAUCUAAUAAAAUCCCACCUUUUUUUUUUUUUUUUUUUUAAAAA